GUCGUAUCAUGGAGUGGGUGUUCUUCACGGCCCUGAUGGCGCUAUACGCGGCGUACUCUGCCAACAUCGUGGUGUUGCUGCAGGCGCCUUCCAACUCAUCAAGAACCUGGCCCAGCUCGCCGACUCCAAAGGUCACGCUCGCCGCCAACGACGUCGAUUACAAUAGAUUCGUAUUUAACGAUAACAGAGAUCAGCUGCACAUUUCAGUUCAUAAUACAAUUUCUCCAGAGAAUGGUAAACCACACUUCUACGAUAUAUUCGAUGGUGUCGAGAGAAUCAGGAAGGGUCUCUUCGCGUUCCACUCGAUCGUGGAGCCGGUGUACCGUCGGAUCGAACAGACGUUUCUGGAAAGUGAAAAAUGCGACCUCACCGAAGUCGACUUCAUUAACAGUCUGGACGCAUUCACGCCUGUCAAGAAAGACUCUCCUUACCUGGAAUUGUUGAGAGUCGUCUACAAACAAAUUCGUGAAUCCGGUCUCCAAGCCGCUUUGAACAAACGGUAUCAAGUCCCGAAGCCUAAAUGCCUGAACAAGAUCGCAGCGUUUAGCAGCGUCGGCCUCGCUGGACAUACAGCCAGUGUUGAUCCUAAUGCUGUAUGGCGUCGCGCUGUCAGUCGCUAUUGCUGUCUGCGAAAUUAUCGUCUUUAAAAUAGCCAACUGCUGCAGCAAGAAAAAGAAAAUUAAAAUUGUACACUUCAAGAAUUAAAAAUUAAUUAAACUCCGUGAA